AUGCAGCUGGAUGCGGCGGCGGCGCUGGAGGAGAAGGCGGCCGCACGCUCCACGCUGGAGCCCCUAACGCAGGCCGGCAUCAUGCUCAUCGUGGGGGUAGCCAUCGUCCUCGCCAACAUCCUCAUCAUCGCUACCUACCUCUCCUUCCGCGGUCCAUCAGAGAUGAUCAACAUCUAUCUCCUGUCUCUAGCAGUAGCAGACCUUCUCUGUGGCUUAUUCGUAGUUCCACUCUCAGUGUAUUCAGCCUGGCUACAAAACUGGAUCUACGGAGAUUUGGUGUGCCGCUUGAUGGGGUAUCUUGAAGUAACGCUCUGGAGUGUUAAUGUCUUCACCUUCAUGUGGAUAAGUGUUGAUCGGUAUCUGGCAGUGCAAAGACCGCUUCGGUAUGAUACAGUGCAAAAGCGUACCCACUGUCAAUGUUGGAUGGUGUUCACAUGGGUCUCUGCUGCAAUGUUGUGUUGCCCUCCACUGCUGGGAGUCAAUAAGCCACAUUUCGACCGUGAUGCUUUUGUCUGCAUGUUGGACUGGGGAAAUAUGGCUGCCUACUCUAUAACAGUUGCCAUACUGGUGCUAGGCCCCAGUCUCAUCACAAUUGUUUACACAUACUACUACAUAUUUUCCAUGAUGAGAAUGGUGCGAAGUGGUGUCCCAAUACAUGAUAAAGAAUAUGCAUCUGCUCUGACUGAAAACUUGUCUAACCCAAGUCACAUAAUGUCUUUCGUGCUUGUGCUGACAUUUUGGAUUUCAUGGACACCGUAUGCAACAGUCAAGUUCUAUGAGUACUUCACAAACAGCAGGUAUCAGGUGCCAUAUCUACACUUUGUAAUUGUGUGGAUAGGUAUUCUGAACUCUUUCUGGAAAAUAGUGAUCCUCAUCGCUCUGAGCCCACAGUUUCGAUUAGCAGUGCGUGUCUUCUGUAUUAGACUCUGUUGUCGCUACAAAGGCAGACUGCAGGGUGAGUUGAUUGAUAUGGAUGAUGAUGAUUAAGACUAUUUGUUGCUUAGUGAUGAAGUGACUACCUUCUUGCUCUGCAGUUGUGUCUGACAGGAAUCAGGUGUUGUGCAGGUGUCUCAGGGAAUGCAUUAUAAUAUAUACAUCUCUGUAGCUAUGUUCUAUUCUGAAAUGGCUCACAACUGUUUGAGAGAUGGAAACUAACUUUCAUUUCUUACAUCUUGAUGCAACAACAUUCUAAAUGUCUCUUUUUCAGAAAAAGUCUUGUGAUUAAUAUAUUCCCCUUGUUGUAGUAUUUCUACAAAUGUAUUGUUUUAUGAAUUGUUUGAUUUUCUGUUCAGAGGAGUAAAUAAUGUAUAAUUCAUGUAAAAAUUGUUUUUUGAACACUAGAAUUACAAAAAUAAUGUCCAGAAAAGAAGGUAUUCUCAGGUUUAUUUCAAGACAUUCAAACAGAUCAUUUUCUGACGAACCUGUUUCACUCACCAUGAUACAAUUACUAAACUGGAAUUGGACAUUCCGAAAUUUAACACACGCUGUUUACCUCUGUAGGAUGACUAUGUAUUUACAGAAUGGUAAAUCUAUUUCUAACUUACCAUGUGCUAUAAAUCAUGAUUUUCUCUUUCAUGAA